AUUCAUAAUCCACCACAGAGGCUAACAAUAUUAAACAACCGCUAUAUAUUAGUAUUGUCAAAUUUAUUUUGGCCACAAUUUGAUUUGGAAAUUUUGGAAAGGUGGUGAAUAAAGAUGUGGAAUUUAGUACUUGAAAAUGGCAAUGACAGUGUGGAGAGAGAAAGUUAAAAGCUUUCAAGAGAUGGAGUCAUGGAGAGGAGGAGAGAAAGCUCAAAUGUGUAAGGAAAUGUAGACGGGUAAGAACAAUUUGAAAUUGGACUAUUGGAGUACAAAAUUAUAAAUAAGGGUACAAAGGUAAAACACAUUUUGAAUGGUAAAUAGGGGUACAAAGGUAAAAUAACAAUUUGAAGAGUAUAAAACUCCGUGCACUAUUCAUAAGAACAACUUUAUACUUUUUAUAAAGUAGGGAUAUUCCAAAAUAAGUGGUAUAUAAAGAGGCCAACCGACCCAAAAUUAACAAAGAUUUCCCGCGACGAUUAAUCCUUUGAACUCAAAAAAAAACAAUAACACCACUUCAAACUUCAAACCCAACUACCGCUGUAAUAACAAGCCCACCCAUUCAUAUCAAUUCUCAAAGAAAACUGGGAUUUUUGGGGUCACAAUUCACAGAUCAACAUAAUUAUGCUUGAAUCAGCCAACCAAUUCGAAGAAAAUGAUGCAUUAUCUGAUUCAUAUCUCUUUUACCAAGAUCCCAAUUCUGAAUUUUAUGAAGAACCCUCAAUUUCUCUAGACGAAAAUGGAUUCCCGCAACCUCAAUUCAACGAACAAUUUGAAGAACAACAACCCCGCAAAGUUGAUUGUGAUUUACUCAAUGAAAAUUCAAUUGGGUGUUCGAGUUCGAGUUCAAGUUCGGUUUCGAAAGACGGGAGCUUUGCUGCCGAUUUCUAUCGAAGUGGGUCUGAUUGGUCUAGCUUGAAAUUGCGAGUUGAUUUGCCUUUGAAGUCAAAGAAAUUGAAGCAAAAAAACCUUUUUCAAAUGUGGGGGCUUAAACCAGAAAAGCAUGAAAAGAUGGAAAAUGAGAAGAAAAACGAUAAAAAGAAUGAAACCCACAUUGGUGCUCUUCCUGAUAUGAAAACUGAUACACAUUUAAGCCCUCCUUGUGUUCCUGCUGACCCUUUUCGUGCUGGAAAUCGAGCUUUCGGAAUCGAUUCAAAGGCUUCUCAGAAAAGGAAAUCAUUCAUGGUACAAGGAAAUGCCAGGUCUUGCCCUUUCUAUAAGAAGAUUCCAGGUACUCCCUUUACUGUGGACGCAUUUCGAUAUGGUGCUGUUAAAGGCUGCUCCUCUUAUUUUCUAAGUCAUUUUCAUGCUGAUCAUUAUGGUGGGUUAAGCAAGGCAUGGUCACACGGCCCCAUCUAUUGCACCUCUAUCACUGCUCGCCUGGUUAGAAUGUGUCUCUAUGUUAAUCCAUCAUACAUAUGCCCUUUGGAGUUGGAUGUUGAACACCUAAUAGAUGGUGUCAAAGUGACACUGUUAGAAGCCAAUCACUGCCCAGGUGCUGCCUUAAUUUACUUCCGUCUUUCAGAUGGACAGCGUUUUUUACACACAGGAGAUUUCAGAGCUUGUAAACGCAUGCAAACCUAUCCCCUUCUUGUAAAUAACAAAGUCAAUGUAAUUUACCUAGAUACAACUUAUUGCAACCCAAAAUACAGGUUUCCUUCAAAAGAAGAAGUGACGAGCUUUGUUGUAAGGACUACUAAGACCUGUCUCAAAAGGCAACCAAAGACCCUCAUUGUAGUUGGGGCAUAUAGUAUUGGGAAAGAGUGUGUAUAUAUUGCCAUUUCAGAGGCAAUAAAGGUCAAGAUAUAUGCAAAUGCGUCAAGGAGAAGAAUUUUGCAGUCCUUUGACUGGCCUCACCUUUCCAAAAAUCUCUGCACCAACGGGAAGGAUACUCCUCUUCAUGUUCUGCCUAUUUCAUCGUUAAAACAUGAGACCCUUAAGAACUACUUGAAGACAUACCAGGAUCAGUUCAAUGCAGUCGUGGCAUUUCGGCCAACAGGGUGGACAUUCUCGGAGUCUGUCGGUAGUCAGUUGGAUCUAAUCAAACCCAAUUCACGAGGAAACAUCCAAAUUUAUGGAGUUCCCUACAGUGAGCACUCCAGUUUUACUGAACUGCAAGAAUUUGUUCAGUUUCUUAGGCCCAACAAAAUAAUUCCGACAGUGAACAUUGGCAAUCCUGCUAACCGGGAAAAACAGCAAUCAUACUUUCGACAGUGGCUAAAUGGCUGAGCAGUAAAAAAGUAGGCCAAUUUGUUCAUGAAUUGCGGAGCAUUUUGUUGGAAUAAUAGGUCAUGCUUGGUUGGGCUCAUAUUGAUGACUGUUAGGGAAUGGCUCCGAUUAAGCCAUGAUGGUUUAAAGCUACCAUCAGCGAGUUUUCUAUAGUAGAUUCUUGCUCUUGCCCAUUAUAUAUUUUUUGAUUUAUGGGACAAGUAACGAAAGGCAAACACUACAAUGUUUCUCCCCCAACAAAAGAAAAUUUAGCUUAUUGGCAACACAUGAAUUCAUAGCUGCUAUUUCAAAUGGUACUCAAAGGUUGUAUCUCUAUUAGUAUAUUGUGUAUCAGCUCUAUCUCAAAAGUUAGUUUUAAAUGCUGUAUAUUGGUUUAGUACAAAUUUCUUAUGCUUUUUUAACUCGUUGAAGUAAGAUGCUUGACUACUUUUGCAGUUUUACUUCAUAGAAAUUUGAAACAAGUUUUACAUAUCCUUUUGCCAUAGGUUAUGUUAUUUGUGUCUCGAAUGCUCCAUGUUGAUGCAUGUUUGGUAUUAUGGUAUUUGGAGCUUGAAGAAGAGAAGCUUAGUAAA